AUGACUACACAGUGUUCGCGCAGUCCGUUCGGUUGGCAGUACGCGCCCGCGCACCGCCAGUCGGCAAUCCGCCCGGGCGGGCGCCACACACACGACCGGAGUCUGCGCGCGCGAUCAGCGGUAUCGAAAUACAUACAAGUGCACCAAUACGAAUACCAACGACCGAUUGGAUUGCGAGCGCGAUUCUGUGAAUCAAAUACGAGUAAAGUGAACGAGUCUCGAGUGCAGAGCAAACGACAGACGCCGCACCACGAGAGAGCGAUUAUAGGGUUCAAAGAGCCCACACGAAACGAUUCGAGACGCCGUAGAAACAGCGGUCUCGAAAUACAAAUCGCUCGGUGACGGGUCAGGCACCUCACGCUGCACUGCUCUCAUCUUAGUCGUAUCAAACGAACUCGAA